AUGCCGCAUAAACGUAGACAGUCGAAUAAGACCAAAAAGAGAAAAGGAAAAGAUUUGGAUGAAAUUGUUCUUAGUAUGAGUCUACCUAAACGUCAGUGUCUUGUACUCAUACAAGUAAAGUUUGACCCUGACUUACCAGGUGAUGGACGAUUUAGCUGUCUAGAGUGUGAUCGUCACUUCAUUAAUUCUAAAGCUCUCAAAUCUCAUAUAUCUGGUAAAAGUCAUCGGCAACAAAUGAAACGUUUACUCCAAGUGCCGUAUACUCAGAGGGAUGCAGAAGAAGCUGUUGGUUUGAAGACCGUAAGCUCCUCAUCUUGA